CAGGCGGGGGGAGGAGCCAGGUAGCAGCCCGACUGACACGUAACAAUCCUGCGUAAAAAUUUAAGGAAGAAGCUGCAUCUUUUUUUCUUAAGUUGACUCUGGAUCCCAGUGGCUGACUUCAGACUUGAUGUACAGUUGAGUGUCCCGGACCAGAGGCCUGUUUGUCGGCGGACUGAAGCGGGACCGUCAGCCGGAGAGAGCCCGACGCUCAAAAUGAGAUUUUCACUGUUUAUUUCUGUCCUGCGGUCGCUCGGCCCGGUGAUUAUCGGCGUUUCUCUGGGCUUCACGCUGAGUUUACUGAGUGUACACUGGACUGAAGAAGCGUGUUAUCUAGACGAGGGUGAGGAUGUGACUUCGGGUCAGGACGGACUCCUCAAAGGAGCCCGAAAACCAAACUCCAUAUCGGCUGUCAACGAAGUGGAGUCGGAGGAGGAUUUCGAGCCGAGGAUAGUCCCAUACAAACAAGUCCAACCGAGCGCCCCGAAGAAAGUUUUCAGGGCUAAGUACAUAAGCACGGAGCUGGGGAUGCGAGAGCGUCUGUUCGUCGGGGUCCUGACAUCUAAAAACACCAUUAACACUCUGGGGGUUGCCGUCAAUCGCACCAUUAGCCAUCACCUGGACACGGUGAUCUUCUUCACCGGCUCACGCAACCGCAAAGUCCCUCAUGGCAUGUUUGUGGUUUCGCACGGAGACGAGAGACAGAUAUGGAACAUGUUUCAGACCAUUAAAUACAUUUUAGAGCAUUGCAUCAAUGAAUAUGACUGGUUCUACUUCGUCCAAGACGACGCCUACACGGAAGCUGACAGGGUCAAAUCCCUGGUGGAACAUCUGAGCAUGGAUCGGGAGCUUUACAUGGGCAGUCCUGAGGAGUUCAUCGGCGGGGAGAUGGAAGGGAAGUACUGCUAUGGAGGCUUUGGGUAUCUUCUGUCACGAAGUUUGCUUCUGCGACUCCAGCCUUUCCUGGAAAACUGCAGGAAUGACAUCCUGAGCGCCAGGCCUGACGAGUGGCUCGGAAGGUGCAUCAUAGAUUACACCAACAAAAACUGUGUCAGUGAGUAUGAGGGACUUAAGUACCACCAUUAUGAGUUGGGAAAAAACUCUGAUCCAAGUAAAGAGCAGAGUGAACAGUUUAAGAAUGCUCUGACCGUCCAUCCAGUGUCUGACCCUGAACAGAUGUACCGGCUGCACAGACACUUCACAGAGAUUGAACUCCAGAAGACUUACGAUGAGAUUGCUAAGCUGCAGGCAGAAAUAAAGAAUGUGAGUGUGGUUGCGUUUGACGGCAACCGAAGCGCCCAGUGGCCAGUGGGGAUCAAUCCACCGUUUGAGCCAAAGUCUCGAUUUGAGGUUCUGAAGUGGGAAUACUUUACAGAGGAGGAGAUUUAUUCGUGCAUCGAUGGCUCUCCCAAGUGUGAGCUACGUGGCAUUGACCGCAUGGAUGUAGCUGAUGUCAUUGACACGGCCAUAGCAGAGCUGAACAAGAAGUACAUGCCCACCUUACACCUGAAGAAGCAGCAGCUGAUUAAUGGCUACAGGCGCUUCGACCCCAUCAGGGGCAUGGAGUACACCUUAGACCUUCAGCUGGAAGUUGUUAAUCAGAAAGGUCACAGCCGUUCCAUCACUAAGAGGGUUCACCUUGUGCGACCUUUGAGCCGCAUAGAGAUCAUUCCCAUGCCCUACGUCACCGAAGCUACAAGGGUCCACAUCAUUAUACCUCUUGCGCUGCAAGACCGGAACUUUGUCAGUCAUUUCCUGGAAGUCUUUGCCUCAAACGCCUUUGAGACCAACGAAAACGCCAUCUUAACGUUCCUGUUUAUUUAUGACCCAGUGGAGGCGCAGCAAGUUAACCAGAAUGAUAUAUUUGCCAGUGUGAAGGCUCAGAUAAAUGCUUAUGAACGGAAAUAUUCUACAGUAAAAAUCCCGUGGAUAAGUGUGAAGACGGAAACACCAUCCCAGAUCAAAUUCAUGGACAUCAUCUCAAAGAAACACCCAGUCGACACCUUGUUCUUCUUGGCUAAAGUCACCACAAACAUGAAUUCAGAGUUCCUGAACCGCUGUCGCAUGAAUUCCAUAAACAACUGGCAGGUUUUCUUCCCCAUCCACUUCCAGGAGUUCAACCCCGAUGUGGCCUAUCACAACCAGCCACAUCCAGCCACAGUGGAUCUGGUCAAGGAUGCUGGCCAUUUUGACCGCAGGUCAUUUGAGGAAUCGUGCUUUUACAACUCGGAUUACAUGACGACACGCACUCGAAUGGUGGCGGACGUCCAGGAGAACGAGGAGAUUCUAGAGAGCCUGGAUAUCUAUGACAUGUUCGUAAAGUAUUCAGGCCUACAUGUAUUCAGAGCAGUAGAGCCAGCAUUACAUCAGCAAUACCACUACCAAGACUGCAACCCAAGACUCAGCGAGGACAUCUAUCAUAGAUGUGUUCAGAGCAACUUGGAAGGCAUCGGUUCGCGCUCCCAGCUCGCCAUACUGCUGUUUGAGCAAGAACAAGGAAACAGCACUUGAAAAUACCAACGAAACCUCUGCUCCUGGAAGUGUUUAAAUGGAUGUUCAAAGAUGUGUGUUUGUUGUAAUAGCUUCUGGGUGCAAGCUAGAAUUUGGGGAGAAAAGGAGCAACACAUGUACUGCCACCCAUACGUUAAACCUGACAUUUUCCCCAAAUACAACCCAUGUUUGGGGUUGUAGCUGAAUACGGGACUCCGCCUGACAUUCUGUAUCUUCCUGUGUGCAUCAAGGGCUAUUUGGUUUGCUUGAAUUCUUAGCUAGUUUGGAAAAAUGAAUGCAGUACUUUCCUAAAGAAACCCUUUGACAUAAUACUUUUUCAUACAGAACCAAAUAUUGUUGCUAGUCUGACAAAUUUCAAAAUUGCAUUAAGCGAUUUUGACAAGUAGAGAACAGAACUUCACAGCAGCAGAGAGUUUUCAUUCUUGUGGUUAAAGCGUCCACCACACAGGGCUCCGUACAUAACCCAUUGGAGCUGGCAUUCAUUGGGAGUUUAUCCUUGGUUGGGUUCACAAACUUCUAGAAGAGGUACUUUGCGCUCUACAGUUUUGCAAGCAUUAGGCUUAUUUGAGCUAAUCUACUGCAGACAGCUGCUGAAGAAAACCAAAUGAACCAAAACAAUGAGUUGCAAGUGACAAAAAAAAGCUUUAGUGGGUUGUGGCUUUUCGGUGGAAUCGAGGUACUAGCAGCAGCAGCAACGCAUUUAAAGAAUGUGCUUUGAUUUAAUGUUAAUGUCAAAGGUACUUUAAUUUGGAGCUUCAGUGACUGGCUCAAAUAGACUUACAUUGGUAUAUUGCACCGCAGCUGGUUUGCCCCUUCACACAGGGGCGUCGAAACUUUGCACUUUUGAUAUUUACUGAUUUAAGUAUUUGCAAAAGUGCGUCUUUGUACAUGUGCCUUGACACUGACUUUUCAUAUGUUAGCUGUACUGAAAUUAUCUUUGCAUGGUUGUGCAGUCCACCCUUCAGGUGACGCACAUCAGAUUAUUUUCAUUAGAGUUUAAAUAUUGUUACAGCAUUAAUACCUGUUUGAAUGAAUGGGAGAUAUUACCUCUCACUGUGGAUUACGCCUGUUACAGCUGGGAGAUAUAAGUGGGGUCUUUGGUAACUUUACACUUUAUAUAGGCGACUUUGAAAUCCUCCACAGGCUGCACAUGUGCCUCGAACCAGGGAAGAGUUUUCUGGACACUACCUGUUGGUCUCCAUAUAUACUAGAUAAAGAUGUGUGUGAUCCAGUAGGCCAGCACUCUAGUGUUCUAUUUACUGAGUGUUUCUCUCCUUGAAACUUUUUGAUGUUGCAAGGAAAUUUACAUGCAGGAGGCAAAGGAGAAUAAUGAAUAAUGGCAGGGAAAAUCACCUUGUCUGAAGUGAUUGCCCAGUUUUUUUUUUUUCCCAAGAGUCCUCCUUGAAGUAAGUGGUACUUAUACAUAGAAUUUAAUUAGCUUAGAAAUGAUUGAAAUUAAGAAUGUAUGAGACAUUUCCACAUCACCAAGUAUAGAGAGUUUAUAUAACCUAAAAGAAAAAUGUUUAGCUGUUCCAAAGUAUGUCGGACUGUAUUGUUAAAGAUUUUCUAAGUCAUUGAAUGGUGUCAUUGUCCUCCAUUUAGUGAGCUCAGUGGUAGGAAUGGCUGCUUUCUCCCAGCUGUAGUAAAACCCUCUGGGAGGUCUUUUCUACAUCACUGAGAGGUAGUGGAGGUAGCGGUACUGAACACCAGAGAGUUAUUAGUAUAUUCUAAUGUGCAAUACUACAGAUAACACAGCUCGAUAGACGUCUGUGGAGGACAGGACUUUGACUUCUCAUUUCAAAGACAUUUGCCUCAAAUACAGCAGUGUGUGUAUUAAAGUACUGUUUAUGACUCAUACUUUCUGUUUAAUGCUGAGUAAAUACACUGUAAUUUCUUUUGACAAGACCUUUUAUGUAUUUUGCUGACACUAGACACUUUUUGUCAUCAAAUGUACUUUGAGAUACAUAAAAUUAAGGCAAGUCCUUUUAUUUAACUGUAAUUGGAUUUAAUGCGUAUGCUGGAAACACUACAUCCACAGCGGUGGUCCUAAACAGUUUUUUCUGUUAUCUGCCAUGUGAACACAAACCAUUGAGGUCAGGUUUUUGCUGACUUUUUGCAUUCAUUUUCUAACGCAUCUCUUUCUUAUUGAGAGCAGUCUUUCACUGUGACAGUGCACCAGCUGACGUGGUAUGAAUGUUCUUCGAAGAGUAUGAUGCUAAUAAUGCGCGGGAUUGGAAAAAUGAAUCUUAACCACUGUGAAACAUGGAGGGCUGAGAUUACAGUAUGAAGUUAUUGUGGUGAUCUGCGUUGUCUUUGCCUUCUGUAGACACGAGAAGCCUAAAAUUAUGGGAGCGGCAGAUUAAUCACCCUGUGUUGUUUAACACACAUCGCUGAGCGAAGGCUCUUAAGUAUUUUGUCCAUAAUUUAUUUAUCUGUCAUAUCUCCUGAAUUAUGCAGAUUCUAAAUACUUCUGCACCAACUGAGGGUUUCUUGACAUUCUCUGUACAUGUAUAAAUAUUUUAUAGACACUCUAUUUUUAAACCUUUUUUAGCUUUAUUUACACAGCAAUUGAUAUUUUAAUAUUUUUGUGACCAAAUCAAACAUAUGCUUUAACUUUGUCUUUAAUGCUUUUGAAAUUAUGCCAUGAAAUCUGUGCUUUUCACUCUCAUUUUGAAUCAAGUAAUUAAUUUAAUUCAUUCCGAAACACAGGCAAUUACAAGUUUUUGAAUUCCAUUGUUGUUUGGACCCAUUGGUUUACAUUGUUUUAUGCACGUGGGUACUCGAAAAAACCAAAGCAAUACAUUUUAUUAAUGUCUGUCACAUGUAAUUGUGUGCUGUAAUUCCUAAUAAACUGUGAAUUAUUAUAAUUUUUAAAUAAAGAAUAUUUGGAAAUACCA